AUGUCGUCUCGACCACUAAACGAUGAGGAGGUCUUAUCAGAGAUGAAAAAGAUGGUUUCAUUCAUCAAACAAGAAGCAAUGGAAAAAGCAAGAGAAAUUCAAGUAAAAGCAGAUGAAGAAUUUGCAAUCGAAAAAGCAAAAAUUGUACGUCAAGAAGCAAUUUCGAUCGAAAAUCAAUAUGAAAAAAAGAAAAAACAAACAAUCACCGCUCAAAAGAUUGCAAAGAGUGAUCAAACAAAUAAAUCAAGAUUAGAACUUUUACAAACACGCGAACAACAUUUACAAAAAUUAUUCGAUGGUGCUCGUGAACGUUUAACUGAAUUAACAAAAGAUCAAUCAAAGUAUGAAGAACUUUUACAAGGUUUGAUCUUACAAGGUCUUUUGCAACUUAUGGAAGAAAAAGUAAUCGUCACAGCAAGAUCAACCGAUGUUCAACUAGCACAAAAAGCAGCAGAAUCAGCAUCAAAACAAUACACAGAAAAGAGCGGUCGUCAGACAAAAAUUGAAGUAAAGGAUGGCUUGAGCAAAGAUUGCCAUGGUGGUGUCACCCUUUCUGGAUAUCAAGAUAGAAUUCAUAUCAACCAGACGCUUGAUGAACGUUUACGAAUCUUGGAAGAAAAGAUGUUACCCGAAAUCAGAAACGAUCUCUUCGGUCCAAAUGAGAACAGAAAGUUCACCACUUAGACGUU